UUUAAAUUCGUCAAAGAAAAAAAUUCUGUUUCAUUUUUUUGAUGAAUCUAUUCCGAAAAAAAAAUCCUUAAAAGAACAGAAUUAAUAUAUUUUCAAUGACCUUAUAUUUUUUAAAAUCGACAAUGAUUAUUAACAUAUUACGAUACCUAUCACUUAUACAGCCAUUUUUCGUUCCAAUUCAUAUAUUCCACUUUUGACAGGUAAAUGAGUGAAAAGGAAGAAGAAGAAAUUAUGGGUGAGAAAAAGCCCGAGAACGAGCCUCUCAGUGACACCCUAAAGCCAUUAAGAAUUAUACAUUCCAUCGACGAGUCACCAAAAAUUAGCUACAUUCCUAGCACUAAAUCACGCGAUGAUACAACAAAGUUAAUAAAUGUGAAUAUUCCAUAUGAUCAAAACGUUGUAAAACACACAAUUUCCCAAAGAGAUAUUCCCAAAAAUGGUAAAUCCAAAAUGAAUAAUUUUGAUGAUGCAAAUGCUAUCUUGAAUAAAUCCAUGCCUUUCUCCCAUGUAAAUAAAACGAAUUCCUUUCUGGAGGAAGAGUUAGAAAGCGAAAAAAUCCGAGAUCAUAACUACCAUUUAGUCGGUGAUCCUGGGAAUUUGACCGACAGAUUUUUGACCGAUUAUGAUCAUAUUAGUAAUAAUAACCAAACUAGAACUCCUGGUUUGAAAAUUAAAACCCCACUGGAACAAAAUUAUGUUACUCAACCCAUUCCCAUUAUAUCUACCACCAACCAACAAAGAGGUUCUUCCAAUAAUAAUAAAAAUUUAUCUUCGCCUCUUCAAGCGAAAACCCAUAUAUCCUACCAUAAAAUGGUUCCAGAAUCGCCUCCCACAGUGGGUUACCUUAAACAUAAAAAUAAUUGGAAUUUAAAAAAAUGUCUAUAUGUCUUAUGCACUUUGUUAGCAUUUUUAGUCUUUUCAUUUAUGGUUUAUGCUUUUGUUAUACGAUCACGAUAUUCCAAAAUCAUGAAAAAAGUACGAACCGAUUCACUGACCUGUUAUACACCCGAAUGCGUAAAGAUAGCCGCGAUCCUAUUAGAAGGAAUCAACGUUAAUGCUGACCCAUGCGAUGAUUUUUACGAAUUCGCUUGUGGUUCUUGGAACCGAUAUCAUAUCAUUCCCGAAGAUCGGAGUAGUAUAAGUACUUUCGAAGUGCUUUCAUCAAGAUUACAAAUAUUACUUAAAGAGUUAUUGGAGGAAGGAAGCAAUAAGACCGAUAUGGAAGCCGUCGAUAAAGCCAAGCGCAUGUACAUAUCUUGCGUCAAUACUACUCAAGGUGAUUUGAUAGGGGAUACUCCUGUGAAAAACACAUUGAAUAGUAUGGGCGGUUGGCCCAUACUUAACACUUCUUGGGUCCCUCACCAGAAUUUUAGUAUGGAAAUUCUGCUAGCUCAAUUGUUUUUGUAUAAUACACCUGCCUACUUAGAAAUUUUGGUAGGGCCCGACGAUAAAAAUUCUUCGCUUAACAUUCUGCAGUUAGAUCAAAACACUCUAGUGCUACCAAGUAGAGAAUACUACCUUAACCCAGAGAGCAACAUCGCCAUUCGAGCCUACAAAAGGCUAGUUUACACUAUAGCACUUUUGAUGGGUGCGAGUGGCUCCAAUGUUCAACAAGAGGCUGACGAUAUAGUUAAUCUAGAGAUUGAAAUCGCCUUAGCAUCUGUCCCUUCAGCAGAUAGGCACGACGCGAGCGCUAUAUAUCAUAAAAUGUCCCUGAAGAAGUUAUCAGAAAUAGUUCCCGAAUUUGAUUGGAUGAAAUUUAUUCACUAUUUCCCCAACGAUUUCUUGAUAACCGAAGACGAAAAGGUCGUAGUGUAUUCCGAAACCUUUUUGAAAGUAAUGGGCAAACUCUUUCAAGUUACUCCUGUAAGGCGUCUAGUUAAUUAUGCUUUGUGGAGGCACAUAAACUCCUACCUGCCCCAUCUGCCUCGAGGAUACAUAGACGCCUUUUUCGCGUUCCGUAAGGUAAUAUAUGGAGUAUCAGCACCCGUUAUCCGCUGGCAACAAUGCGUCGAAUACGUGGCUGAUCAUAUGGCCAUGCCUGUAGGUGCUAUGUUUGUCGGCAAGCAUUUCAGGAAAGGAAGCAAAGAAACGGCUCUGGAAAUGAUUCACGAUAUUAGAGAGGCUUUUAACGAGCUACUAGAAACAAAUACAUGGAUGGAUGAUGAAACUAGGAAAGUCGCGGAAGAAAAAGCCAAUUCUAUGAACGAACUAAUAGGGUACCCUGACACUAUUUAUAAUGACGAAGAACUAAAAAAGGAAUUUGAAGAAAUCAACACCAAAGGCAAUUUUCUUAAUAAUGUUAUAGCCAUAGGAAUGUAUGAAUUCACCAAAAAUUUUGCCGAAUUAAGGAAACCAGUCAUACGAAACAGUUGGUCGACUGGUCCCGCCGUUGUCAAUGCUUUUUAUAGCCCAAACAAGAACAAUAUUGUGAUACCUGCCGGAAUAUUGCAACCACUGUUCUAUAGCGAAACCUUUCCCAAAUCGUUAAAUUACGGCGGAAUAGGUGUCGUUAUAGGCCACGAAAUAACUCAUGGAUUUGACGAAAAAGGGCGUCAAUUUGACAAAAGAGGAAAUUUAAAACAAUGGUGGAAUAAUUCAACUAUCAAGGCAUUCAGGAAACGCGCCAAAUGUAUAAUCGAUCAAUAUUCCAAAUACAAACUCAAAGAGAUUAAUUUGCAUAUUAAUGGUCGCAACACUCAAGGAGAAAAUAUCGCUGAUAAUGGAGGUCUCAAGCAGGCCUUUCGAGCAUAUCAAAAAUGGACCAGCAACCAUGGGCAGGAAAAACUAAUACCUUCUCUUAAUUUGACACAUAAUCAACUUUUCUUCUUAAACUAUGCUCAAAUAUGGUGUGGAUCCAUGAGACCCGAAGAAGCACUGAACAAGAUACAUUCAUCGGUACAUAGUCCUGGUCCUAUUAGAGUAAUUGGCCCACUCUCGAAUUCAAUUGACUUUUCAAAUGCUUAUAAUUGUCCGCUAGGAAGCAAAAUGAAUCCAGUCAAAAAAUGUAACGUUUGGUAGUUAAUUGCGUCCCGGUUUAUAAAAAAAUUAUCGUUCCAUAUGUAUAAUGAUAAUAAUAUUAUGUAAUUUGCAAUUAUGAAAAGUUUUACAUUUAAAUUAUUUUUUGAAUGCGUUAAAUACUAUAUAAAAUCAAUCAUUCCUCAAAAGCCAAAGAAAGGGACUCAAACUUUCCUCACCAACACUCAUAAUUAUACUAAUUUUAUUUUUAGGAAACCGUCUAUCAAAAUAAUAAGACUUAUUUAAAUUAGGAAAAGUUUUAAUGAUAAAUUUUGUCAUGAUUGACAGAUUUUUCUUUUCGGAUACUUUAUUGAUCCCUUUUUUUCAUAAAAAAUUGGAAGAAAAAAUCUUUAAAAAAAAUAUUUCUUUCUUUUUAUGAAUAUAUUAAUAAGAAAUAUCUUUUUAAAUUAAUUAUAAACUGGGUUUAUAAAUAUAUUAUAAUAUGACGGAACCAACUCGGCCAAUGAAUUUAUAUAAUGUCAGUUAAUCUUUUUGAGGUUUUUUGAAUACUUUUAAAUUUAAUAUCUAUAUAUAUAUUUUUAAACUAGGAUUAAAAAUGUAAUUAUUUUUUUAUAAACAAACUAAUAACCGUGAAUCUUGAAUCG